CAUCGCACCUGGAAUUGCUCCAAUUGCUCAUGCGAUUAUAAUAAACAAUUGUGAAUUUUCGUAGUUUCCCAUGCGACUUAAUGAGCAUACUAAGCUACUUGGGCAACGGGUGGUGCUGGUGCCCUAUGAGGCUCGUCACGUACCCAAGUAUCACGAAUGGAUGAGCUGUCCGACACUGAGAAACCAGACUGCAUCCGAUGAACUGUCUUUAGACGAGGAAUACGAGAUGCAACAGAGUUGGCGACAUGAUAACGACAAGCUGACAUUUAUAGUGCUUUGCGCUGAAACCUAUGCUAAAACCAAUGAUGAAAUUGCUGCAAUGGUCGGUGACACCAAUCUCUUCCUGCACUACGAUGAGGAGGACAAGCAAUAUGUGGCAGAAGCAGAGAUUAUGAUUGCAUCGAAAGAGGCGCGAGGCAAAGGUUACGGUCGUGAAGCCAUGCUGCUCAUGUUCAAAUACGCACAAUCACAUCUACCUCUGGCCAAAUUUGAAGCCAAGAUUGACAUGGAUAAUCUGAUAUCCCUACGUCUCUUUGAGAGCUUUCAAUUUAUUGAAGUGCGUCGCGUGGAAGUGUUCCAUGAAGUGACCUUAGAACGUCAGAUCACACCUGAAUGGUUGACCUGGCUGGAUGCACAGAUUGCUCUAAGAAGCGAAACUUAUAAUAGCUGUUAAAUUAGUCUCUAGUCAAUUUUAGAUAUAGUUUACUAACUGUUAAUUAUAUCUAUGUAUUCAAUUACAUACUAAAGCACAAAA